CUGAAGUGGACCUUGUACUUGCUGCCCGCCUGGCUUCUGGAUCCUGUGUCAUCAAUAGGCGUCCAACCAGGAAGCGAUGGAGGUCCUAGCGCCUACCGCGCGCUGUUUCUUCUCGGACUCCUCGAUCGGCGGCGGCGGCGCAGCGGCGCAGGGUUUUUUAACUCAAAUGGGUGAUGAAAAGGACUCUUGGAAAGUGAAAACUUUAGACGAAAUUCUCCAGGAAAAGAAACGAAGAAAAGAGCAAGAGGAGAAAGCAGAGAUAAAACGCUUAAAAAAUUCUGAUGACCAGGAUCCCAAAAGGGAUUCCCUUGAGGAGGAGGAGCUGAGAGAUCACCGUAUGGAGAUCACAAUCAGGAACUCACCAUGUAGAAGAGAAGACUCCAUGGAAGACAGGUUCCUGACAUACUACCCUGGAAAGAGGAUCAAUGCAGAAGAUGGCCUCAAGCACGAGUAUUUCCGAGAGACCCCCCUCCCCAUCGACCCCUCCAUGUUUCCCACAUGGCCUGCCAAAAGCGAGCAACAGAGGGUGAAGCGUGGCACAAGUCCACAGCCACCAGAGGGCGGCCUAGGCUACAGCCAGCUGGGUGACGACGACCUGAAGGAGACAGGCUUCCACCUCACCACUACGAACCAGGGAGCCUCCGCUGCAGGCCCCGGCUUCAGCCUCAAGUUCUGAGGUCAAGAGUGGCCCUGGCCCAGCCAGGGAGAGACAGCUUGAGCUGCUGAGUCAGAAUGCCUAUCUUGGAACUGCUCAUCUGAACUUUGUCUUUCCUUCUUUUUGAAAUAUAUAUUUUGGUUUAUAAAUUUGUAGAAUUAAAUCACAUUUUCCUUCUGGAAGGCAAGCUGUUUUCAGAGGUGUCGUGAGUGCCUGCAGGUGCCACAGAUGUCCUGCCCCUCCCCACGGCAGGACCUGGUCUGGAGCAGAGCUGGGGUUCUCUGCCUCUCAGUCUUGGAGGCUGCGGCUUGUGUGUGGUGAUUGAGGCAGCUUGCUUCUUCCUGGGGUGUCAGCACCAGCCCCAUCCACACUGGCCUCAGCCCCAGAAACCAGGUGUGUGACAGCCUCAGCCAAGGUGGAUUUUUAUACAUGAGGUUUUUUACACAGUGGAUUUUUGGGGGGGGGGUCUUUUUGAGACGGUCUCCCUGUAGCCCCUGCUGUCCUAGAACUAUGUAGACCAGGCUGGCCUUGAACUCACAGAGAUCCACCUGCCUCUGCCUCCGAACUGCUGGGAUUAAAGGCGUGUGCCACCACGUCCAGCCACAGUGGAUUUUUAUAUGUGUUUUAAGGAGGAGUAAAUUAUUCUUGGAGGAAGCUCUUGUGUUUUGUUUUUUCAUUGUGCUGGUCACCAGGUGAGCCCUGUGGAUAUGCCUGGGAGGGGAGCUGCUAGCUGUCUGGACUUGGGUAAAUAGAUUGAGCUGGCAGUAUUAGAUACAGCCCUUCACCCCCCAUCUCCAUGAGCAAGCUCUUGCAGAACAGGUGCCUAUACCUGCUGUGGCCUCCACCUCUGCCCAAGCUGAUUCUCAGUCCCCCUCCCUUAUAGUAAAGCCUCACCCAGUCAUUCAAAGUGAUGUUGCUGACACCAGGGCCUCAGUGUACCCCAGUGUUCUAGAGGCCAUCUUGGCAAAGCCAUUCUUGCCCAAUUGACUAUGUCCUUACCACACAGGGCUAUGCAGAAGUAGGGGAGCCCUGACACCCCAGUGUCCCCAUAUCCAGGUGGACAGAGACUAGCCUGCUGGCUUC